GCCGAUCGCGUUCAGUGCGUUCUUGUGGUAAACAGGUACAGAGGAAUGGCACUCCGCAAGACUCUGCCAAACUCACGGCGCUUCCCGAGCGCGCGGAGUGAAGACAGUCAGUCUCUCUAGUGGAUGUUAUAACUUCGGCGUGUCACUCGAAUGGGAUAUAUGCUUUUUGCUUCAUUUCUGUUUCACGAGACCACCUUUUAGUUUAGUCGCUCACCGAUCACCCGGCGCACCCUCUCAUCACCUUCUCCACUGUCUCAUUCCACAUCUGCACCCUAUCGCUUCGGGCGGAUCCUCCGGUCAUCCAGAAGCGACUGCUUCAUGGGGCACACUCCUUCAGACGAAAAAUGUCCCUCUCUCAGCUUCUAGGCGCACCCGCGAAGUUGAUAACAUUAGGACCAGUGCUGUCGUUGAGCGUCUGUGAACUGUGUCCGGGGAACUGAGAUGGGUGUCUCGGUGGCAGCGGCCCUACACCAGCCCCAAAUUCCGCACCAGUGGAGCCGGAUAGUGGGACACUGGGUAUGGAUUGCUGUCUUGUCAUUUCUUGCCACAUUCCCGAUACAACAACUUGGCGCUUUCCCGUCUUCUCUAAGCGACUGUCAGACUCCAACUGGAUGGAAUUGCUCGGGUGAUGAUGAUGGGGACACGGAUCUCUUCCUUUGUGACACCAACACUUGCAAGUUUGACGGCGAGUGUCUCAGAAUCGGGGACAUCGUAACAUGUAUAUGCAACUUCAAGUGCAACAAUGACUAUGUUCCUGUGUGCGGCUCUAACAAUGAAAACUAUGAAAACGAGUGUUUUCUUCGGAGAGAUGCCUGCAAACAACAGACUGAGAUUCUGGUGGUCUCUGAAGGAUCCUGCCCUGCCGAUGCUGGUUCAGGAUCAGGAGAUGAAGCAGGGAACGAGGGUUCUGCAGAGAAUGGACAAAAGGAGACAUCCACCUGUGACAUUUGCCAGUUUGGGGCGGAGUGUGACGUGGAUGCAGAAGAUGUCUGGUGUGUCUGUAACAUUGACUGCUCCCACAUCAGUUUUAACCCAGUGUGUGCAUCAGAUGGCCGUUCAUAUGACAACCCCUGCCAGGUGAAAGAAGCGUCAUGUCAGAGGCAGGAACGAAUCGAGGUCAAGUUCCUGGGUCACUGUCAGGGUGACAUGAUUACAGGCACCAAAGCAGGAGAUGGACAAUAUGCCAGGACAGACUACACAGAGGAGAAGCCUGAAGUUUCAGAGGUGGCACGAGGUCUUUACAUCCCUUGUCCUGACCACUAUAAGAACUAUUGUGUUCAUGGAGACUGUGAAUAUCCCAACAUGCUCUCAACACCGUCCUGCAGCUGUCACUCAGGAUUCAGUGGUCCACAGUGUGAGACUAAGGAAUAUAACGUGCUAUAUGUGGUGCCUGGCUCUGGAAAACUGCGCUACGUCCUCAUUGCGUCUGUCAUCGGAGCUCUGCAGGUGGCCAUCAUAUGUGUAGUGGUGCUGUGUAUUACCCGAAAGUGCCCACGGACCAACAGAACCAACCGACAGAAGCAGAACACGAUGCACUACAACUCUGAAAACACCUUGCGCGCCUCCACCCGCCUCAUCUGAGCGCUUGGAGCAAUCAUGAGAAGAGAAUCAUGGGAAACGUAGUUUGGACAGAGAAUAGAAAACAAGCGUGCACUCUCUGUCCCCACACAGAGACACUUCAUCCUGCUGGAUGACGGGAUGGAUGAUGGUGCGGAUUUUAUGAUGGGAGGAUGAUGGUAUACACACGAUGCCUUGCACCUGUGGCACAGGACACUAACAGAGAAUUUUAGGACACCAUGAUAAGACAAGUCCUGUUUCUUGGUUAUGUAUGGGUAAUAUUUCCAAUAGUUAAUUUGUUUGUCUUGAUGGGGUCCUUUUUUCUGUAAUGUAAAUAAAUAAUUUAUAUCACAAUACAUGUCUUGUCUAUUCUUUUGUGGAUGCCAUUAAGGAGGUUAAUGAAGAUGUGAUGACAAUGUACAAGAUCAAUUUAUGUGAUUCUUGAGGAACUGGCAGAGUUGUUUUUAAACCAUAAAUACCAUGAGGCUACAGCAGGCCUAAAUGUUUUCAACCCUUUACUAUAGGUAUAUAUUUUCCAUAAAAUGAGCCAACAGCAUCAUGCCCCUCAAACUGACUGAGAAGUUGUCUGUAGCUAGAGUCAGUAGCUGGCUUUGCUUAGCAAUCUGUUGUUAGCUCAUUCUCUUCAAAAAUGUAAUGCAAAAAGUAAUACUCUUUACUACUCAGUACAACUGACAAUGUUGGUCCUAAACCCUAAAAUCAAUAAAUGGAUGGAUGGAUGGAUGGAUGGAUGGAUAGUAGUUUGUGACAGAUGAGAAUAAACAACCUUUAAAUGACUGUGGAAUUCCUUACAUUCCUCAUCUAACAAAGGUCCUCCAAGUUCAUCCCCAGACCAGUCCAGUGGAGUCCAAGCACUUCCUGUCCUGUCUGACAGUAUUCUGUGCCACAGGGGUGAAAGAAAUCCUCAAUGAAAAUGAGCACAUAUUUUUCUGUAUUUGCACAAAUGUGUUUGUGUGCUGUUUCUGCUUAGCAUACUCUGAAUCCUCAGACUAACAUGUUUCAAACAGAAUGUGUUAAAAAAAAUGUCCCUGGUUACAUUCUGAUGUAGUA